AUGGACGCCUACGAGGCCACCAAGGUGGUGUUCGCACGGGUCCAGGGGCUCGUCGACGCGGACCUCGCCUCCAAGAUCAUGGGCAUGCUGCUCACCCAGGACAAGAGCGAGGAGGAUAUGAUCCGCCUCGCCUUCGGCCCCGAGCACCUCCUCCAGUCCGUCGUCGCCGACCUCGCGGCCUGCAGCAAACCCCCCUCCCCGCCCGCGCCGGCAUGGAGGAUGGCGCCGGGUGCGGCUGGAGGAGAUGCUGAAGGCGGCCUCCCGUUCGGCGCCGCAUCCGAAGCGUUCUACCCCGAGGAGGAGUACGGCUGCUGGUCUCCGGCGAGCGGCACUCAUCACCGCCGGAGCUUCUCGCUGAGCGACGCCGAGGGCGGGUGGAAGCCGUGCCAGUACUUCGCCCGGGGGUUCUGCAAGAACGGCUCCGGCUGCCGCUUCCUGCACGGGCUGCCCGAGGACGUCGCCGAGCAGGAGAUGGCGGUCAUGCGCGCCAAGGCCCUCGCCGCCGCGCGGUCGCAGAUGAUGGCGCCCGCCUUCCCCUUCUCGCCAUCGCCGCCCAAAGGCCUCAGCUUCCUCCUACAGCAGCAGAGCGAGUCCCAAAGGGCGGCGGACAUGCUGUUCGCCGGAGGCGAUGACAUGCACAGGUUCUCCCACCGGUCGCCUCGCAUGGACCGCGGCGACCUCGCCAUCAACCACGGCGCGCGCCAGAUCUACCUCACCUUCCCCGCCGACUCCACCUUCACCGAAGAGGACGUGUCAAGCUACUUCAGCAUGUACGGGCCGGUACAGGACGUGCGCAUCCCGCACCAGCCGAAGCGCAUGUUCGGCUUCGUCUCCUUCGUCUACCCGGAGACGGUGCGGCUCGUCCUCGCCAAGGGCAACCCACACUUCGUCUGCGACGCGCGCGUCCUCGUCAAGCCUUACAAGGAGAAGGGCAAGGUCCCCGACAGGUUCAGGCAUGGCGGCGGCGGCGGCCACUGCCUCUCUCCUCACCACCGCGAGUUCGCCUCCGUGGGCAGCGCGCUGCCGCCUGCCGGUCUGCUCGACUCCAGGGACCCCUUCGACCUCCAGCAGCCGCAAAUCGGUGAGCAUUUGAACACUCCUAUCUACUCCCUCAUCAUCAGUUAUUUGCGCAAGGCGUUUGACGAGAUGGUGUUGCCAUUGCCAGGGCAGAGAAUGCUGUACGGGAGCAUGGCCGGCCACGAGGCGGCGUUUCUGAGGAGGAGGCUGGAGGAGCAGCAGGAGGCGGCGGAGCUGCAGCAUGCCAUCGAGCUGCAAGGCCGCCGGCUCAUGGGGCUGCAGUUUCUUGACCUCAAGAACAGGGGCCACCACCUCCUCGGCUCCCCCGUGGGCUCACCUUCCGACGGCAAUGGCGGCUGCUUCAGUGGGAACGGCAAUGGCGUCCAUCUUGAUGACGCCAUUAGCACCAUCCAAGAUAACAGCAAUCUGAGCAGUGGUCUUUUCAUGGGUCCAUAUGCUGCUGCUUCUGUGAUUUCUAAAGAAGGGAAGCAGGAGUGUCAGGAGGAGGGUGGUGAUGGCAAUGGCAAUGGCGAUGGCAGUCCCAAGCAGGCAGUCAACUCUGGGGAAGAGGGGAGGAGGGAAUCUGGUCCUGGGGCAGCAGCUGCAUCCAAUGUUGUUUGUGAAUACCAAGAAAGUGGCAUGGAGCACACCCACCACCUGCCUGGUAGCCCCUUUGCUUCCCCCACCAAGGAGGCCUCCAUUGCUGCUGCUGAGCAGCUGACAGCUCACACUGGUGCCAUGGGCAACAGUAGCAGCCCCCACCUGGUGGCCUCUUCUCUUUUCCCGCCUACAAAACCUCUCUACAGCUCCUGCUUCUCUCAAGUGCCUAGAUUGUCGUCUGGGCAGGGAGCAAUUGGGCUGUGA